AUCACUAACAAAGGUGCCCCAAGUAUCUAAAACGGCCCAAUUCUAACAGAUCCUGAGUUAUCCUGGAGAAAAGCGCGACAUCUCUUCGCUCGCGUUCUCAGUUGAAAACUUCCGUCGUCGGUGGGGCACAAACAGUGGAAUUUGCGUCUCUAGUUAUUGAAGAACAACCAUGGCAGGUGGACAACCUGAGAGAGAAGACAAGGUCUCACUAGAGAUCACUGAAGAAAUCUUACAGAGUAUGGAAGUCGGCAUGACGUUUCGCGACUAUAGUGGUAGGAUCAGUUCAAUGGAUUUUCAUAAAACAUCAAAUUAUCUGGUGACGGCCAGUGAUGAUGAGUCCAUUCGUCUAUAUGAUGUUGCAAAUGCAACAUGUUUGAAGACUAUUAACAGCAAAAAGUACGGGGUUGAUCUUGUUAGCUUCACUUCCCAUCCUACAACUGUUAUAUACUCUUCCAAGAAUGGUUGGGAUGAAUCUCUACGGCUUCUUUCAUUGCAUGACAACAAGUACUUGCGGUAUUUCAAGGGUCAUCGUGACAGGGUUGUGUCUCUUAGCUUAUGCUCUAGGAAGGAGUAUUUUCUCUCUGGCUCGCUCGAUCGAUCUGUUCUACUUUGGGAUCAAAGAGCUGAUAAAUGCCAGGGCCUUCUUCGAGUGCAAGGAAGACCAGCUACUGCAAUUGAUGAGCAAGGACUUGUAUUUGCUAUUGCUUUUGGAGGAUAUAUAAGGAUGUUUGAUGCACGCAAUUAUGAAAAGGGGCCUUUUGAAAUUUUCUCUGUUGGUGGAGAUUUGUCUGAUGCUAACAUCGUUAAGUUCAGUAAUGAUGGGAGACUUAUGCUUUUGACAACUACGGAUGGGCAUAUUCAUGUGCUUGAUUCUUUUCGUGGCACACUAUUAUCAACAUAUAAUGUGCAGCCUGUUUCAAGUAGUUCAACAUUAGAGGCAUCUUUCAGCCCAGAAGGAAUGUUUGUUAUAUCAGGAUCAGGUGAUGGUAGUGUGUAUGCUUGGAGUGUCCGGAGUGGCAAAGAGGUAGCCAGUUGGAUGAGUACAGAUACUGAGCCACCUAUGAUCAAGUGGGCUCCAGGAAGCUUAAUGUUUGUGACUGGUUCUUCUGAGCUUUCAUUUUGGAUCCCAGACUUAUCGAAAUUGGGAGCUUAUGUGGGAAGAAAAUAGAGGAAUUUCAUGGUAAGUCGGCGUAUUGGGAAGAGAUAGAACAAAUCUACCAAAUCCUCUUGGCUUGUGCCUCCUGAGCAUUGUCUACAUAACAUUAGGGUUUGGCAGAUCAUAAUGCGUGAUCCUCAGAGUGGUUUCUGAACUAGAACACAGGAAGUUCAGGGCAAGAAAAUGAAAGCUGUUAAGAACACCUGCCUCAAUUGAGUAGCCCGUCAGGGGCAAAUGCUAAACUUUUCAGGUGUUUCAGAACAGUUUUUGAGUUUGAGCAAUAGUUUAGCCUAAUCAUGUCAACUUUAUCUGGCCAAAGGGUAGAAUCUCCGGCUCAUUAUAAACAAGUUUGGGCUACAAGAAAAAUCUGUAGUUGGAAGGUCAAAUGACUGGUUGAGCUGAGAACUGUGGCGGUAUAGUCCUCCUAUUACUGGACUGAUUUGUCAUGAACCUUGUUUGAUUGUUUGAAGAUCACAUUUGGUGAUUUUUAUGAGCGAAACUUCUAAAACUUUGAGGGUUCUAAUGUAAUUAAUGAGAUUGGACUUUUUGGUGCUCCAUCUCCUACUUAGUCCAGAUUCAUCCUGUGGGCCUGGAGAUGCGGCAUCAAGAGAGGCUUUCUGAUGCUGUACCAAUGGUUUUAACUAUCUACCAUUUCAAGAUAAAAGGAAAAGAAAGAGUAAAUUGGUAUUCUCGAUUGCAAGUAAGUAUAGUGCUGUAGAUAAAUUAGACAGUAUUCCCUUAUUUCCUUCUUGUAAAUAACUUUAUCUGACUCGAUUUUGUUCUUGAUGUUAUGUGCUUAUACUUCAGCGUUCUGCUUCCCUGCUUUAUUGUGAA